AUGGUGUCGCGCUUGGCGCGUAGUUGUAGUUGGUGUGAGUGUGAGUUGCAGCUGGUGCUGGUGGGGGCCCCUGACAGUGCAGCGACGGUGUUCGCAGAGCCGCUGCCGAUGAAGCUGCGCGCGCUGCCGCAGUCGUUCUGGCAGCAGCCCAACGCGGCGGGCGGUCUGUCCCCGGGAGCCGUCUACCCCGUGCUGCCGCCGCUCUGCUGCAAGGACGAUGACGGCGCAGGACUCUGCGAGGUUGUUGACCUUGCCCCUGACGGUGCCCUUGACCCAUACAUAGGCCUCGGGGUCCUGUGCUUUCCCGCGCCGGCCACGUUUCAUGCUGAUCCGUGUCGGCCCGAGUGUCCAAGCUGCCCACCGCGGCGGAAGGGCUUUUCUGGCGACUGGACGGCAUCGACCCCCGCGCGAUCCAUAAUUGAAGGUGGCCGGCACGCGCGGGGUAUGUACAGGGGACUUGAGUCUGUGGUUUGUCCUGCAGGCCUGCGGCCGGCGACGCCGCCUGAGGAGCGCGACAAGCGGCGCGUGGUGAGCGUCGCCAACACGGAGCUGCUGUUCAGCCUGUUCCGCAGCGUCGAGCAGCUGGACCAGCCCGCCGCCAGGGUCGCGCGCAGGGGCAGGCCGAAGAAGGUGGCGGCGACGUCGUGGCGGCUGCCGCGCGACGAGGACCCGUGCCUGGUGAGCGCCGUCGCGGACCCCAUCCUGCCGCUGAUCCGCGGCCACGCCGGCGGACAGCACCAGGUCUUGGCCACCGUGUCCCUAGGAGCUGGCGAACGGUCGGUAGUGCUGCCAUCUCUGAGCGUCGAGCACAACUACUCACAGAUACUGUCCGAGCUAGUCAUGAAGCUGUAAAGAGAGGUGAUAGUGGACUUGGUAAUGUGGUGUUAUGUGAUGUAAUGUGAUAUGAUGUUAUGAAAUGUGAUACAAUGUGAUGAACUUUGUGGAUCGAAGUGGGUCUGGUGCUCUGAAGACUAGAAUUUAUGUCACUCUGGAUAUUCUUCGUAUGCGUGUCGACGUGCAUAACUGGAUGAUGCUUAGAUAGAAUAAUGCUACAUACAAAAAUUCUUUUAUUUUUUGUUGUUUAAAUUAGGGAGAGCUUUCCAUCACUUUUGUGCAAUGUAAGGCAUUUAUAUUUUGUACACCAGCUUCAGUUUUGACACCAAGUUUCGUGUUAUCAGAGAAGGUAGCAGUUCUCGCAAAAAAAAAAAAAAAA